AUGGCCGGUCACACAAGUGGCGCCGGUGCCUCCUAUCCAUCCACCUCAGGCAAUAGCAAUCAGCAGCAUGUAAAUCAGCACCAUCUUCACCAGCACCAUCAUCAACAGCAGCAAAACCAUGGCAAUAAUAAUAGCAAUAAUGAGCCCGACGGGGGCAUUGGCGAAUGGAAUCCGUUAGAUUACGGUGGUGGUGGCGGUCCGGCCGGUGGUAAUGGAGGCGGAAAUAAUCACAACCACCAUCACAACAACCCGCCUGCAGCCGGUGGGAAUAAUGCACGGGAAAAUAAUAACGCCGGCAACAACAACAACGUGGCGAACCAGAACAACCAGAAUGCGGAGGAAAUCGAUCGGUUCAGUUUCGAGGACUCGGAUCGGUUUGAGGAAGACUCACUGUGCAGCUGGAGCUCCGAACCAGAGAGCGUGUGCAACAACUGGCGGGGGUGGAAGAAGCCGGCAGGGAUGAUCAACUCGUUCGGUGGUGGCUCCGGUCGUCGAUUCAAUGAGGGUGAACCAACAUCCCUGACUGAGCUGGCCGCCCGUUGCGUCGCGUUCUACAUCCCUUUCGAACUGGUCGAACAAAUGUAUCCACCAGUACCGGAACCAAUAAUGUUGCGCAUCGCCUUCUGGAGCUUCCCGGAUAAUGAGGAGGACAUACGGCUGUACUCGUGCCUAGCGAACAGCUCCGCAGAUGAGUUUCAUCGUGGCGAAGUGCUGUUCAAAAAUCGCGCCGUCAAGGAUCCGCUGCAGAUCGGCUUUCAUCUAUCGGCGACGGUCGUGCAAACGCAACCGCGUAACCAGUACAACGUGGCGGUUACAUUUGACAGGCGAAAAAUUUCAUCGUGUAGUUGCACAUGCCUACCCACCACCUACUGGUGUUCGCAUGUGGUCGCCGUUUGCCUGUACCGGAUUCAUUGUCCUACCAAGGUGAGCCUUCGGGCACCGGUGUCGGAGUCGCUGUCUCGGUUGCAGCGUGAACAGCUGCAAAAAUUCGCCCAAUAUCUGAUCAGCGAGCAAUCGCAGCAGAUACUGCCGAUAGCGCAACGCUUGCUGGACGAAUUGCUGAGUGCGCAACCAACCACCAUCAACACCGUGUAUGGUGCACCGGAUCCGACCGCGGGUGCAUCGAUGAACGAUCAGACCAACUGGUAUCUGGACGAAAAAACGCUGCAUGAUAACAUUAAGAAGAUCUUGUUCAAGUUCUGCCAGCCUACGCCGAUGGUGUUCAGCGAUGUCAACUACCUAACCAACUCGGCACCACCGGCGGCGGCCGAAUGGAGUUCACUGCUUCGACCGUUGCGCGGCCGUGAACCGGAGGGCAUGUGGAAUCUGCUGUCGAUCGUGCGUGAGAUGUAUCGUCGGUGCGAUCGCAAUGCCGUGCGUCUGCUGGAGAUAAUUACCGAAGAGGUAAUGGCGUGCGAUCAGAUCUUAGUGUGGUGGUUUAACAUCAAGCUUGCACUGCUGGUCGGUUCGAACGGGCAUGGUGGGGGUGGUGGUGGAGGCGGUGGUGGUAAACAUGGAAACACUCACAGCAACUUAAAUGCUACUCAGCAUGCCUGUGCUUCUCUGUGCGACGAGAUUGUCGUACUCUGGCGGCUCGCCGCACUAAAUCCGGGUCUAGCACCAGAUGAGCGAGAUAUGCUGCACGCCCAGUUUACCACCUGGCAUCUAAAGAUACUAGACCGGGUGGCAAAGAAUAUGGUCGCAUCAUCGUCACACAGCAGCAAGCAGCAGCAGAACCUACGCAACGAUGCGGAACUAUUCGCCGGGUUUAAGCCAGCCAUCGAGGCCUGCUACCUCGACUGGGAGGAUUAUCCGAUUGAGGGGGUGACGCACACACAGGAUACGAACCCGAUGUAUCACUGCCCGUUCACAUGCUUCAAGCAGAACAGUGAUUCGCGCAUCGACACAACUGUGCCGUCGCAGGUUACCUCCACUGCUCCGAUGGCCAUGUCACAGGGUAAUGUGAAGCAGUUUCAGAUGAUGGUGCAUCAUUACCAUCAUCAUCACAGUUACCAUGCCGAUUAUCCACUACCGCAACGAAGUCUUAUGCCGGGCUGCUCGAAUGUCAGCACGGGGAUGAUGGUUUGCGGUACGGAUCGCUACCGUAACAUAACCACCGUGGCAGCGAGCAGCUCACGUACAGUAGAACAGCAGCAGCCACAUGGUGGUUCCGGCUCGAGUGGAAUGGUGCAGGCGUCUGCUGCACCAACAGCAUCGACAAGUAAUGUGUCAGCAGCGGUCAACACUGACAACGUGACAAAUGCUGGUGACUCCCAUAGAAUGGCGAGUUGCAACCAUGCUCUAGUAGGCAGUAGUGCUGGUGAUUACGGUCCAUCUACAGAAGAUAAUGUAAACAACGGUGCUAGUACCAGCAAACGUACCGGAGUGGGGGACGUAAGCAACAAGAACCACCAUCACCGCACCAGAGCACAUCGCGACCGGUUAACGUACUGUUCGUCUAGUAAUAAUAGUAGUAGCGAUAGCGUACCGGAUCGAUUAAAUCAAAGUGCCAGUGAUGCCGGUGGGACUGAAGGUGAAUCCAGCAAAGGUCAUGGCUCUGCUAUGCCGGGAACAUCCACAUCGAAUGCAAAGCUAGACGCGACCCGUACCGGUAGUGUAAGUGGUCGUAACGUAGGUGUGCGCUGUGAUGCGGUCGGAGCCGGUGGAAAUCGUUCCAGUGUGAGCAGCGAAGGAUUCUGUGAAAAUGAGGAUGAUCUGGCAGUGGUUGCUGAUGAGAAACUGCAGCACUAUUUGUUACCGAUCGAUGUGGCGAAGAAGAAUGAUGAUGAGGGGAAUACGAUGCCGAUUAGCAACGCGAACGUUGGUGACAUGAGCGGGUCCGGUUCUGGUGGUGCUGCCGAUCCAAACCUACCAUUGCUGAGCGUUAGCAAUUCUUCCUCCAGUUCUUCGUCCUCCUCUACCUCACUUUCAUCCAGCUCAGCGGCGACGGACCUGCUGCAGAAGAAGAAAGUACCGGCCGAAGGAACAGGAUCACAAUCUAGCGAAUCGAGUAACGAAAAUAGCAUUCUGAACGAUAUGAACAACUACGAAAUUUCGGGUAAUAUCAAAUUGUACGAGGUUCUGAAUAUGGUGGAGUCAACCAGUACAGUGAAUCCCGAUCCCGUAAAACACUCGAGCACCAAUACCACCAAACACACCAGUGCCAAACGACAUGGAUCGAGUGAGUUAUCAUCGGGCAAUGCUGUCAGUGCUGAGAAUGUUGCAUCGUCAUCGGCAGCGGUGUCUGCUACUGCAGCUGAAGGUUUGUUAACAGGUGUGCAGCAACCGCAGCCAUCAACAUCUCAUCAAGCAAAUGCCGCUAACCAACAGCAUCAGAAAGCUCCGAAGCAACAGCAGCACCAGCCGCAAGCAGGCACGUCACAAUCCCACGGCAGUACGUCCGAAUCGAAGCAGCAGAUGUUUUCCAACAUCAAACCGACGGAAGACGCAUGGGACAUUUUGUUUGCGCGCGCAGAAGGUUUACACGCGCAUGGACACGGGCGGGAAGCGUGCACGCUGGGUGUUCGUCUAGCGUCAGAAAUGCUGGCCAACCCGCCCAACCUAAUGAUCGAUCUUCCACCGCCACCGAAGAAAAAAGGCAAAAAACACAACGUCAACCCGAUCUCACAUCAGCUAAGCGUGCUCGCUUCUGCUACCCUGUCCAAGUGCGCCUUCCUCUGCACGGUACUGGCGGAGAAUUCGGAACACUAUCAUCUGGCGUUCCGCGUGUGUCUGUUUGGUUUGGAAAUGUCUAGACCACCAGCAAGCACCAAACCGCUGGAGGUGAAGCUUGCCAAUCAGGAAUCAGAUCUCCUGGCGUUGCUAAAACGCAUCCCACUUGGCAAUGAAGAGUUGAAGGCGAUUCGUGAACGGGCGGAACAGUUGCGCGACGGUACAUUGAAGUCACGGGGCGAAGCACUGCUGCCGAUCAUGCUGGCCAGCUUCCUGUUCGAUGCGCUCGUUAUGCCGUCGGUGGUUGGGCGAGAAAAUCGUCUGAAGAUAAUGAGCAGCGCCUACCGCUAUCCAACCGACGAAAAUUUAGGUUUCGAAGCGGCAGUAGCGGCACUCGGACUGAAGGCAAACGUUUCGGAAGCGGAACAUCCGUUGCUGUGCGAGGGCACUCGGCGACAGCGUGGCGACCUUGCGCUUACGCUGCUGUCAUACUAUAAGGAUGAACCACGCAAGAUAUGCCGCAUCAUGGAGAAGUUGCUCGAUCGGGAGAUUCACGUUCUGAUCAAAACUGCACUGCUACCGUCAUACUACUCGAACAAUCCACCGACACGCAGCCAAACGUCUCAGCUCCGGUUGGAUGAGUACGAAGCCGGCAACAAUGGUGGUAGCAACAGCCAUCACCCGCAUCACCUUCAACCGUACGGUGGGAACGGUGGUGGUCGAAGCAGCAGCAGCACGGGAAGCGCCGAACUGCAACCGCAACCAUCCGGGUCUGUGGCCGCUUCCCAUUUGUCUCAGGGAUCAGAGUUCGGUAUGGCGAACAGUAGUCGACCGCAGAGCAGUACUAGCGCCGAAGUAGAGGCAGGUAUCGGUGCACUGAAUCUAGGCGGUGUGCCAACCACUUCUAAUCCAAAUGGCAGUAACAGUGGAGGAACAACCUCCACCACCACUACCAGUACCAAUGUCGCUUCGGCAAUGCUGUCCGGCACUGCUGGUGGCAGCACAACGACUGCUGCCGCCGGUAGCUCUACCAGUAGCAAUCCAACUGGUGCUGCCGGUGGCCCUUCUUCUUCAUCAACGGCAACCGUCACAACCGGUGCAACGUCAUCGGUGACCUCGACUCGUUCAAAGGAUUCACGGUACAAGGGCAAGCGGGCAUAUCCGUCCAUCCCGAACCAGCCGUCGGAGGCGAGUGCCCACUUUAUGUUCGAGCUGGCGAAGAAUGUACUCACGAAGGCAGGCGGCACAUCGGCCACAUCGCUGUUUACGCAGGCGACCACCACCCAAAACCAUCAGGGACCGCACCGGGGGCUUCACAUGUGUGCGUUUCAAUUGGGACUGUAUGCGCUCGGGUUGCACAAUUGCGUCAGCCCGAACUGGUUGUCCCGUACAUACUCCUCGCAUGUGUCGUGGGUUAUCGGACAGGCGAUGGACAUCGGUGCGCCGGCGAUUUCGUUUCUGAUCGACACGUGGGAGGGACAUCUGACACCACCGGAAGCGGCCGGUAUGGCGGAUCGUGCCUCAUCCCGUGGAUGGGACAGCAACAUGGUGAACCCGGCUGCCGAGUUGGCCCUCUCGGUAUUACCACACGCGGCUGCCCUCAACCCGAACGAGAUACAGCGUGCGAUAUUGCAGUGCAAGGAACAGAGCGAUCGAAUGCUUGAACGUGCCUGCAUUAUGGUAGAAACGGCGGCGAAAGGCGGUGGCGUUUAUCCUGAGGUGUUGUUCCAGGUGUCACGUUACUGGUACGAACUGUAUCUGCGUAACACGCCGGGUGGUGAAAUGGAACCCGACGAACAGCAAGACGUGGUCCUCAGUCUUUUGCAUCUGGUUGAAUCGAGUGGCGAUGGUAGUGUGCUUGGUGCAGCCAUAGCGGCUGCUUCGUCCCAGUCUGGUAAUGUUCCAGCGGGGGGAAUUCCACCACCCGUCGUAGGUGGUGGAACGACACCACAGCAACCUUACCCACCACAUCAGCAUCAACCGGUAUCUGGCUUGGCACCGAUCGGAAUGACGCCUUACGGUGGCUAUGGCUAUGGAGCGAUCUAUCAUCAUCAGAACCCGCUACAGUACGCUCACCCAACAAAUCCGGUGCACCAGAUGUACAUGGCAACGCCUCUCCAGUUCCAGUACCCUCCGCCUCCUCCACCAGGCGGGCAGGGUGGUCAACCACAGCAACCACAGCCACCUUCUGUUGGAUAUGGGCAGCAACAGCAACCACCCCAACAACCGUUAGGUUCGAUAAAUCCGGCCGCUGUAGCCGCCUAUCAAUCGAUGCAGCAGCACGGUGUGCCACCGCAGGCGUACGGUACACCACCACAGUAUCAGGCGGUGCCCGGUGUACCAGUACAACCUCAAGGACCACCAACCAAUCCCGGUCAGAUGGGACCAAAUUUGCAGCAAUUCUACGGCGGGUCACAGGCAGCUGUUGCCGCGGCGAUGCAACAUCAGCAACAACUCCCAGGUGUUCAACCGGUUCAGGUAGGCGGUCCACAGGGACCACCACAGCUAGCACCACCUCUGGCACCGCCUGUGGCUGGUAGCCAACAGCAGGGCGGUGUUAGCGGUCCGAUGGGACCGGGGGGACCACAAGGUCCUACACCGGCUCAACAAGUUCCCGCUGGUAUGCCGGUCGUCGGACCCGGUGGAAGUAACAUGCGUCCCCAGCAUGCCGUUGGAGUUGGUGGGCCCCCGUACGCUGCAGCUUACGGUCCGGCCGCUGUGAGUGGUGGGUCCGGUUCGGGGAUACAACCACUACCGCCCCAGUCUGGCACGGGUAGCACGAGUGGGCAGGUGCGUGCCCGUCAUCCACAUCAUUCCAACACGCCGCAAUUGCGCUAUUUGCUUGCCUCGUACAAUGCAGGCAUGUUGGCACUGGAGACACUCGCUCGACGCGUCCACGAUGAUCGGCCACAGGCGAAGUAUGCCCGCAACCCACCGUACGGUGAAGAUGUGAAAUGGUUGCUGCGCAUCUCGAAGAAACUUGGCACACAGUAUCUGCAUCAGUUCUGCGUGUGCGUUGUCAACUCGAUCGUCAGUCCGUUCGUACUGCACGAGGUUGCCCUCGAAUCCGCACACUAUCUCUCACGCAAUAAUCCCGCUCUCGUGAUGCACCAUCUCCGUUCUGCCCUUACACCACUCAUGAGCAAGUGCCAGAGCAUGUAUUUCCAAUGUAUUCAUCAAAAGCUGUAUCAUCUCACGAUAGCGGACUAUGAGGACUUCACCAGCACUAUCAUUUCCGCGCGUAAUGCGUUCCAAAUUACCCCGGAAGGUAAUGCUCAGUUUAAGGACUGGUUGCAAUCCAUCAAACGGUCCAAAUCGUGCAAAAAAGAAUUAUGGACUCAAAUAAAUGCCGCACUCAACUCUAAAUGA